AUGAGUAAGCUUUUAGGUCCAAGAACUUGUAUAACGGGCGUUUCUCAUUUACGUAGAUGCAUUUAUGGCGGCGUGAAGCCUUUCCUAGCCACUUCAAAAGGUAUAAGGACAACAACAGCAACAACAACAGCUCAAGGUUUUUCAACAUUGAGCAGAAUAAACCGUCAAACUGCAACAACUGCAACAACUGCAACGAAAGCACAGCAAAGCAAUUGCCAAUUCAGCAAUGAGGACAAAGGUAACGUUGAGGAUUCUAACAAGUUGCAAUGCAAUGACACAAUUGGUAAAAAACCAAAUUUUUCAGAAACGUUAUGUUGGAUAGGUGAAGAAUUGAACUACGAUGAAAUCUCUCCUCAAGCUUCAUUUGACUUUUUUGUACGUGAUUUGAGAACCGUUAAGGAGCAUUUUGGCAACAAACCCUUUGGAGAAAUCACCACUGGCUGUUUAAUUGAUAAAUUGAUUGAUGUUGUUGAAGAAAAUAUGGAGGAUGGAAAAUUGACCACGAUUAACCGUGAGAUUUUCGAUGUUUAUCCAUUUAUUAGGUUGAUUAACACCUUGCCGGAAGUAUGGAAAUUGCACUGUGAAAGUACAAAGAUACUAGAUGAGUGGCUGAAGAUUGAACCUAAGAUUAAUCCCCGAGAGACUAAAAUUCGACCAAAAAGGAGAGAAACCGAUACUUUUAAGCAGGAAUUUUUCAACCCAAGAAAGAAUAGGAUGAAACAAGAGCAACAAAUGGGCUAA